UUAAGAGACAACGCGUACAAAACUGCGCAAAAAAUUCAGUCAUCACAAAAUAUUGCUUACUUUAAGUUGUUACGAAAUCAAGUAGUCUCUGAGUUGAGAAAAAGUAAAAAAUUAUAUUAUGAAACAAAUAUUGAUUUAAAUAAAGGAGAUUCAAAAAAUAUGUGGAAAACAUUAAAAAAAUUAAUAGGAGAAAAAAAAUCUAAUAAAACACAAGUAUGGGAAGUUAAAGUUGGCAAUGAAAUAAUAACGGAUGGUCAACAGAUAUCAAAUAGUAUGAAUAAUUACUUUAUUAGUAGUAUAGAGAAUAUAAUACAAUUAAGAGACAACGCGUACAAAACUGCGCAAAAAAUUCAGUCAUCACAAAAUAUUGCUUACUUUAAGUUGUUACGAAAUCAAGUAGUCUCUGAGUUGAGAAAAAGUAAAAAAUUAUAUUAUGAAACAAAUAUUGAUUUAAAUAAAGGAGAUUCAAAAAAUAUGUGGAAAACAUUAAAAAAAUUAAUAGGAGAAAAAAAAUCUAAUAAAACACAAGUAUGGGAAGUUAAAGUUGGCAAUGAAAUAAUAACGGAUGGUCAACAGAUAUCAAAUAGUAUGAAUAAUUACUUUAUUAGUAGUAUAGAGAAUAUAAUACAA